AUGCCUCGAAGCUUGAGAAGUCGUUUAAACCGCUCUGAUUCUUUGAAUACUCCAGUUGAGCCAUAUACUGUAAAUUUUGUCUUUCACAACUUUGCCGAAACUGCAAAUCCUGUUGUUCCUGAACCUAUUGAAGGUAAGGUUCCAGUAACAACUUCCCCAACCUACAUGAGCCCAAUUUUGGAAUUAGGAGCUACCGUCAACGAGAAUAUACCAUCUGAGCAACCGUCUCCAACACCAAUUGUACAAGACUUUCCAAAUGCCUCUCAAUCUGAGGCCACAGCUGAAACUCUGGACCCCAAUGUCAUCGUAACAGCAGUUGUAUGCCCCUUUUGUGGAAUAGAAGGACACCAACGCCGAUCUCAUUAUAAUUGUGCCGAAAAUCCUCUACGUACAGGUGCAAUAGAUUCUUUUUUGAUGGCGCGAAAUCCUGAAGCACCUGAGGCUAACCGAAAUGAUUUGGGAGGCAUGAAUGCUUUGUGCUCAAAAUGUGGAGCCUACAUGUGGAUUGAUGAAAGAAAGCAAAGAACAACAAGAGCUUCUCCAACGUUUCAAAUCUGCUGUCAAGAUGGCCAGGCAAUCUUGAAGCCAGUACACCAUUUUCCAGAGCUUAUUGCCAAUCUUUUGAGUGGCAAUGACGAUGUUAGCAAAGAGUUCAAAUCGAAUAUUAGAACGUACAAUUCUGCUCUCAGCUUUACCUCCAUGAAUGCAACUUUAGAUCAAUCAGUUGCGAAUAAUCAAAAUGGUGCCUACGCAUUCCGUAUUCACAGUAGCGUCUAUCAUCUCAUGAGCUCUGCACUUAUGCCAGCAAAUGAUACACGCCCAAAAUUUGCUCAAAUAUAUAUAUUCGACGGGGAAAAUGAGCUCCAAAACCGACUGAAUGUUGCUGGAAACCCCAACGCUGAGAGAACCACUAUGCGUCUCCUCCAAAAUAUGAUGCACGAAGUCAAUCCUUUUGUUGACUUAUUUAAAACCAUGGAGGAGCUAUCAGUUGGGCAACCUGGAGGAAUUCAGAAUAUACGAAUGGUAUUUCGUUCAGAGGAUUCUCCUGAUCCAAGAAGGUGCAAUAGACCUAGAGUUCCAGAAAUGGGUAUACUAUUGUUUGAUGGCGACGAUGAAAGCAGCAACGAACAGCCAAAAAAUCGUGAUAUCGUUUUAAGAUUGAAAGGCUCUGGUGAUAACCUAACAAGGAUUAAUGAAACCAAUCAAUUCUUUGAUCCUCUUCAAUACGUUUUGAUGUUUCCAUUUGGCGAUCCUGGGUGGCACAUCAAAGUGAAAAGCUUUGAUCCCUCUGAAACCGAAAUCGACAUUGCAUCUGAUAGCAAUAAUGAUGAUGAGGACAAAACCAUCACCAUCAUGCAAUACUACAGCUCAAGAUUGAUGGUACGACAAGGACAACAGCAAGGACUACCAAAAAAUCAGCAAAUUAGCUUGCAUUCAUUUGGAAGGUUAUUUCACCAAUACGUCGUCGAUAUGUAUGCAAAGAUGGAACAACAGCAACUGAAUCUUAUUAGAUUCAAUCAAGAUACCUUACGAGCUGCUGUUUAUAGCGGUCUGUUAGAUCCGAAUGCUCCCUGUAUGGUGAACGGCAAAUGUUCAAAAAAUUACCCGUACCCAUUCAUGGACGAAACGACUAUCAACCCAGAAGAAUCAAGCAAAAUUAUAUACAGAAGACGAUUGAUGACUGAUCGUACAAUUUCCAGGCAUAGUGGAAGAAUCACUAUUGAUAAUCGUUGGAUCGUGCCUCAUAAUCUUUAUUGGGUCGCUAAAUACAACGCACACAUCAACGUGGAGAUUUGCAGCCAGGUCAACUCGGUGAAAUACAUAUACAAAUAUGUAUACAAGGUCCAUGACAGAGCACAGGUAUACAUGGGUUCAUCUGCUCAAGAUGAUCAUCAGGAUGAGAUCAAAAAGUUUCUUGAUGCAAGAUAUGUCUCGGCAUCUGAAGCCUGUUGGAGAAUCAUGUCUUUCCCUAUGCAUAAGGAAUACCCCUCUACACAGCGCCUGGAUAUCCAUUUGGAGAACGACAGAAGGGUGUACUUUAACGAGAACGAAAGUUCUGACCAGGUCUUGAGUCGUACACUUCCAGAAACAACCCUGACAGCUUGGUUCAAGCACAAUCUCGAAAAUCCUGAAGACAACGAAGCUAAGCAAACUUUGUAUCCGGACUUCUGUGAAAAGUACGUUUUUCAUAAACAACAGAACCCAAGAGUUUGGAGACCUAGACGUUCAGGUUUUGGUGGAGCCAUUGGCAGAGUCUACGCUGUAUCUCCAAAAGAUAUUGAAAAGUAUCAUUUAAGAAUCCUAUUGUAUCGAAUUCCAGGAGCAACAUCCUUUACCUACAUGCGAACGUACAAUGGCCGCGUCUAUCCGUCUUAUCAGGCUACUGCCAGAGCAAUGGGUCUUCUUCAAGAUGACAAUGAAUGGAAUGAUACCAUGUCAGAAGCAAGCACCACUAUGUCACCUCAAAAAAUACGGCAACUCUUCUGUAUUCUGCUCUCCUUCUGCGAUGUCUCUGAUCCUUUUCAGCUAUGGUUGAAUUACAAACUGCAUCUAGCCGAGGACUAUCUGUAUCGUAGGCAACAAAAGGCAAGAGAUCUGAAUCAACCUGUUCCCACUGAAAUAACAGAUGAGAUGUAUGGCCACUGCCUUCUUGAUUUGAAUCAAAUUUUGGUUGCCAACCAAUUUGAUUUGAAAACUAUGGAUGGUUUCAAGGACGUUUUCCCUACUGUUGAUACCAGGGAUAAUUAUGCUUACCCUGAGGACUCUACCCCGCUGGAAAGGAUGCAUGCCACUCUGCUAAUUGAAGCCUUGGAAGUUCCUGACCCAAACUCUUUGUCAUUCAAUCCAAGCCAAUUGAUAGCUUACAAUGCCAUUCAACGUUGCGCGUUAGCUGACGAAAACUAUGAUGCUGCACAAUCCAAACUGUUUUUUAUUGACGGGCCUGGCGGUACUGGGAAAACUUUCAUCAUCAAUGCUUUGUUAGAUGCCGUUCGCAAACAAAAUCAUAUUGCAAUUGCAGUUGCUUCAACAGGAAUGGUGACAUUACCUGAGGACAUUCCUUCGGAUUUUGUGCGUAUCCCAGAUGAAAUGUAUUUCAAUUCUACCAACUUGCUGGAUUUGCUAGCUGCUGUGUUUCCAAACAUCAGCAAUAGCUCAACGAUUGACCAAUAUUUUGCGAAACGUGUUAUAUUGACCCCAAAGAACCAAGAUGUCUCAGUCAUAAACAAUCUGCUACUUGACAACUAG